AUGGAUUUCCACAAGAAACGCGUCCGGUUGCUGGUAUUUGUCGCCUUCAUCAUUGUUCUUAGCAUGGCAGCUGAGAAAUGCAGGAAGCUUGUUCCGGAUCAUGCAACAUCCAAGAGUGGAAAGUUUACAGUGUGGAAUUGCUUGGACAUGGGAUACGGAAGUCUAGCAUGCGGUGUGAAGGAAAGUACGAAGCUGUAUUUCCACAACUUAAGAUCUGCACAUAUUGAGAAAGCCAAGAACCAAGCAAUGAAAUCUGCACUGACUGAUGCAAAGUCACAGGGCAUGGCACAGUCAUUAGCGGAGAAGCAUGCUAAGAAAGAAGGCGCAAAGGCGGCAAAGUUGGCUUCGCACAAGGCUCAGCGCGUGAUAGGUCCCAUGAUAUCUUCUGGAUGGGACUUCUUUGAGGCAGUGUACUAUGGUGGGAGUGAUGCAGAGGGUGCAAUCAGGGGAAGCGGCACUUUGUUUGGUUCAUAUCUUGGUGGCUUCUUUGGGGAACAAAGACUUGGCAGACUUGGUUUUCUAGUGGGUAGCCAAAUGGGAAGUUGGUUUGGUGGUAGAAUUGGCCUAAUGCUCUAUGAUAUUCUUAAUGCAAUCCAUUUCUUGAUUAAUCUUAGGAACUGA